AUGCGUGAACUUUCGAAGGAUGAAGAUGAUGAUGAUGAUGAUUACGGUGAUGAUGAUGAUGAUGAUUACGUUGAUGAUGAUGAUGAUUACGUUGAUGAUGAUGAUGAUUACGUUGAUGAUGAUGAUGAUUACGUUGAUGAUGAUGAUGAUUACGUUGAUGAUGAUGAUGAUUACGCUGAUGAUGAUGAUUACGCUGAUGAUGAUGAUGAUGAUUACGCUGAUGAUGAUGAUGAUGAUUACGCUGAUGAUGAUGAUGAUGAUUACGCUGAUGAUGAUGAUGAUGAUUACGCUGAUGAUGAUGAUGAUGAUGAUUACGCUGAUGAUGAUGAUGAUGAUUACGCUGAUGAUGAUGAUGAUUACGUUGAUGAUGAUGAUGAUUACGUUGAUGAUGAUGAUGAUUACGUUGACGAUGAUGAUGAUUACGCACAGCAGCAGCAGCAGCAGCGGGAGCAGCGGCAGGGGCAGAACACGGCCUAG